AUGUACAGAAUAGACGUUUCAGAUUUUUAUGACUUCCAAGCCUUCAGAAAUAUGUGUCCAUUUAGAGACUAUAACAAAGCAGUCGAGAAUUUGAAACGCUUAGUCAUUUAUGUCGACUCUGCCCCAGAAUGUUAUGUCAUGAAAGAAUGGGAUGUAGUCUUUAACAAACCUAAAGCGACAAUAGUUUCAGAACAAGAAUGUAAACAGAAACUUAAGAAAAUAAAAGUUGUACAAGUUGGUAUGAAGAUGUUAGAUGCUUGGGAUAUCUUAUUGUCAAAACUUGAAGAUUUUUCAGUUCGUGGUAUAAAGUUCUAUACACCUUCUCCAAACUUCUAUUCUAUCUUCACUGGAUAUAAAUACGAACAAGUAGAAUGGAAAGAAAAUGUUAUAGAAGCUUGGUUAGACCAUGUCAAAGAAAUUAUAUGCAAUGGAAACGAAAGAGUCUAUGAGUAUAUCUUAUGUUGGUUUGCAAACAUCUUACAACAUCCAAGUGCUAAAAAUGAAACUGCUCUCAUCAUAA